AUGCAAUCUUGCAACUCUUUCAGCUGCCCAUUUAAUGUUGUUAAUCCCACUAAAGCCCAUUUGUUGAUACGAAAAAAUUCAAGAAUUCUUUAUUUCCCCUUUCGAUGUGUAUCUAAACUCGCAUGUCCCACAAUUGCAGUUAGUGAUGUUGCUGGCAUUUUUCAGAACAAGGUUUUGAUAGCUGCAGCUGUAUCUGCAGCAAUUGGGCAAUUGUCAAAGCCAAUAACUUCAACUAUAUUAUAUGGCAAGAAUUUUGAUUUUAAGGCUGUCAUUCAGGCUGGAGGGUUCCCUUCUACCCAUUCCUCUGCUGUUGUGGCCACUGCAACUUCACUUGGUUUGGAAAGGGGUUUCUCUGAUGCAAUUUUCGGUUUAGCUGUAGUUUAUGCAGGCCUUGUCAUGUACGACUCGCAGGGAGUUAGAAGGGAAGUCGGCAUUCAUGCGAAAGAAUUAAAUAGGGUUUUGCUAAGCACCAGAAUGAGUUCAACUUCCUCUAGUAACGAUGCUGACACAUUCACCAACUCUUUUCCUGGAGACUCAUCUUCCGAUUUAGAGAGCACUGACCCUCUUUUCUUGGAGGAACAGAGUUCUUUUCAGACAAAACAGGCAAAUGCUUCUGUGUUACUUAAAUCUGAGAACAGGAUAAAAAGCACUACAGUAAGAUCCUCUGGUGUGGCAUCUGAUGUCGGAGAAGAAUCAGUAAGUGUAUCAUAUGGUUGCUCCACAUUAAAAGAAUCAGUAGGACACACAGAAAUUGAGGUUAUAGCAGGAUACAAACAAUUGACCAACCUAUGA